UACGUUCACGCAGCGCUGUCGCGCCCAUAUACAAGUAGGCCAGGAUCAGGAUUACGGCGAGUUGAUUUCUGCACCAACUUGGAACUUAUUUUACGCUACAAAAACGUCUACAAUGCAUCUCUCGAACAUCAGGAAUAGAGGCAAAAUCGCCGACCACCGACUGAGAAGUCCAGGAUUUAUCCCGGGACAGGACCGUGCAGCAGAGUCUGCUCGGCUGGUUGUUAACUUGUUGAAUGCCUUGCACACGCUGUUCGACGCCAUCAUUUCCAACUAUGACGUCUACAAGGUUGAAAGCAUCGACGAUGCCUACAUGUUGGUCUCUUGCCUACUGAUCCGUAAUGGCAGCCGUCAUGCUGGUAUGAUCGCCUCCGCUGCAUGGCAUCUCCUGGAGGGCGUUGAUAGUUGAUCAUGCCACACAAA